GCAAUUUAAUUACCACUUUUCAAAGGUAGUAAAGACAUCAUUAAAAAAAAAAACAAACACGUGACUACAGUGUUUCAACCUUAAUGUUAUGAAGCAACGAGGGUACUUUUUGUGUGCAAAAACAAAAUAAUGACUUUAUUCAACGAUUUCUUCUCUUCCCUGUCAUUCUCCUAUGCUGUUGACGUUGUACACACAGUGCAGUGCUUCCGGGUUCUACAUCAGAACGCUGGCUCAGUAUUGGCCAGCUCCUGCGUCAGUCACAUGGACUAUUUUAACGACGACUUUACUACCUUUCUGGGCCUUGAAAGUGGUAAUUAAAUUGCCAUCUAUGGAGGGGUCAGAGAGCUCUCAGAUUUCAUCAAAAACAUCUUAAUUUGUGUUUCGAAGAUGAACGAAGGUCUUACUGGUGUGGAACAACAUGAGGGUGAGUAAUAAAUGACUGGGUGAACUAACCCAUUAAAGGCACAGUAUGCAAUCCGACAUCUCAAGUAGAAAUUGUGUUCAUAGAUGAGCUAAUGUAUUAAAGUUUUAUUAACAUUAUUGUUAGGGAUGUAACGAUGCAUCCGGAAUCGGUUGAAAAUCGAUUAAAAUAUGUGACGAUUCAAGUCGGUUGAGAUACUAAAUGAAUCGCGAUACAUUUGGGGGCGGGGUUUAUAUGAAUGUAUAUCUGAGGAGAGUUGACUGGGUUCAGAAAAGUUUAGAUGGUAUUUUCUUUUAAUCUUACUUCUGUACAAUGCAUUUUAAAGUAGUUUUUAUAAGCGCGCAGCACUGCUUUGUUUACAGCGGUAACCAAGGAAGCGCUGUAUUGCCACUGUUCCAUAAGCGCCACCUGCUGUCAAGACAGUAAAUUUGCAUUCUCAUGCAGCCCGUCUGCUGUUAUGAAGUUUUAUGUAGCAUAAUUUCACAAAGCUGAAGUCUGAAAAUUUUUUUUCUUCAAAUGUUAAAAAGUAUGCAAUCUAAUUUAAAUUAAAAACUGCGCAUGCUGCAUGUAGCAUCUUUGUUGGGAUCGUAAUUAAAAUGCAGUGGUUGCCUCUCAUUUUAAAUGGCUACAGACAGUUCAGAAUGUAAUAGAGCAAAUAAACAUCUUGUUCAUGUACUCAUAUGAAGAGAUUUCUUUUAUUUGUAAUAUUAAUUUAUUUGUUUAUUUGAUUUAGGAUUUUUUUUUUUUUAAUUCAAUUCAGGUUUGUUAUAAAGAUAUUUUAAUUUCACAAAUAAAUAUGCUGCAUUUUGUCUGAGAAAUAAUAAACAGACACUUUCUCAUUUAAAUCUCAUUUUGUUACAAAAAAAUUGUGAGAAAAUCGUAUCGUGAAACCAAUAUCGUGAAUCGUAUCGAAUCGCGAGUUGAGUGAAUCAUUACAUCCCUAGUUAUUGUGGUAUGAGGCAGGGUGGCGCCGAGAGCGUGGGACAUUUUAUGUUGCUGUUUUUAUUAUGCUUAUACGCUGCAGUUGGCAGCUGCUGCUUGUUUUGUUAUUUGUGCAUAUUUUAACACCGUGUCAACACCAGACGUGACCGUUGUCGUGUCGCGCCAGCUAAAAGCUGUCUAUACUGAACGCGACAAACCGACCGUUGCAAAGCAUCAGAAAUAAAACAGGGAAUCUGUUUACUGUCGGGAAUUUGUUGUGUCGUGUCGCGUCGCUUCACGCCGCACCCGAUGUAGACAAUAUCACUGAUUAUAAUGGGUUCUAGCUGUUGAGCUGUAUAAUGAUGAUUAGUUUUAUGUCGAUAAAGGUAUCCAAACAGUUGCUCACCUGUCUAAUAAAACACAUAAUAUAUUAAAGUGUCUAUAUAAAAACAUAUAAAAAACUAUAUAAAAUAUAUAACAUUGUUCUAACAUUGUUGUUGGAUAUUAUAAUCCAAAAAUCUUACAUAUUGUGCCCUUAAAUGUCCUGUACAAUUUCAAAAUGUAUUAACAAUUUUAAUGAUAGACAUUAUUUUUCGUAAUGCAAAAUGUGAUUUCUUUUUCUUUUGAUUUUUGGGGUAAAAUGUGACCUGGACACCUCCUUGUGCUUUUCCCAUCCACCUGUUGGGCUGCUUCCAAGGGGGAAAAAAUUGUAGUUUGAAUCUUACUCAGGCAAUGUAGUGAACGUUCAAACCGAGUUUAAAAAUCAUCAGUAUUCUUUAACCCUGACCUUGUUGUACUUUUGGACCUUUAGUUAGUUACAUAUUCAGUUUAAAUAUUCAGGCUGAGGCUGGUUUGUCCUUGAUGGAUUUAUCCAGUGAAGAGGUACAGAUAAUAAAAAAUGUCUAAAAAAUUCAUUCACUUCUCAACCCAAAGCUCCAUUCAUUCUGACUGAACUACUGUAUAUUAGUUUGGUGUACUGAAUUACUGUAUAUUAGUCAGGUUCCUUUAUUCACUUAUUCAGUUUAACAUGCUACAUCUCUCCCGUCAACAACAUGGUACUCUUAGAUUAACUGAUAAAUUUAGCUGUUGAUUUCUUCCUGUUUGUUUUUUCUGAGAAGGCACCAAUCAGAGUCAGAUGUAUUGAUAAAUGAUUAUCUGCUGGAGUGUGAACUGUGCACCAUGUGAAACAGUCUGGUCUAGAACUUGUCAUGAAGUCAAUGAAGCAGGUGUUGAAGUGUGAAAAAAUCAAUCAAUAUCCUGUGGGAAUAGACUCAUCACAUGGACCCACACAAAAACCACUCUCACAUUCACAAACACAGUGUUUCAUGCAUUGCAACGUGCCUCUCCUCAAGGUUUCACAAUUAAAGGCUUGUGUUCGUGAAAUAAAUACAGCCCUGGAUACUGCUGCAUGGUAUGAGAGAACAGAUAUUUUUCUUUAUUAAGUGGAGAAAAUGGCUACAUUUCUACAAGGACAUGUUUCUAUCACAACUGUGCACAAACAAGUCAAAAUCAAGUGAUUACAAAAUCACUUCCAUGCAAGAGCUCAAAGCCGGUUUUUGCAUUCCAGUGCACUGCUCUGUAACUGUUUUUCUGUGUCAAAAUUUGCCAGACGGAUGUAUUUGACUAUUUUUGAACAUGAGCACUGUGUUUUUAGUGUUAAAGUUGGCAUGAAAUGGAUGUUGUGAUAGUCUUUUCUUCCCUCUUGUGACGUACAGUACUGUGCAAAAGUCUUAGGCCACCAUUAGAUGUUGUUUUAGCAAUGGUGUAAUGACCAUAUAUAAUUAGAAUUAGAAUAUUAGAAUAUUUAUUAGAAUAUAACACAGGAAAUUUGCAUGCAGUAUUAAAAAAACAGAAAAAAAAGAAAGAAAAAAAAGACUUCUAUAGGCUAAAGUGGUAAGUAUUUAGUGAACUCCCCUUUCACUUGAGCAAUAGCAGGAACCUGGCCAGUGUUGCCAAGCCCACGUUUUUUUUUUGGGCUACUUUUACAUUUCAUGUCCGCGGGUUGAAGCAACCCCAAUAACAUGAUAUUUAGCCCCUGGAAUGCAAAUCUUACCAGGGGAAAAAUUCAGAUUUCCAGAUUUUACCCCCUGAACCGUGAUUGGGCUAGUUUUGAGUAUCAAUUGGGCGGGUUUUGUUGUGUAAACCUGGCAACCCUGAACCUGACUCUCUUAAACCUAAAUGGAUUGGAAAAUGACUGGAAGGCCAAGAAAACUUUCAAAAUAUAAUGAGAAGUUUCUCAGAUUUUCUUCUAUUAGAAAAUGGAAGAAGUCCAGGAGGUCACACUAAACAUUGAUUUUUGCUUAAAGAAGCCAUUUUGUCCUGAUUUUUUUUUUUACAUUUUGUGUACAUAUUUCCUGUAUUUUCUGUUUGUAUCGUAAUAAAGACCAAAAAAUAAAUAUGGAUGGUCAUUAAAACCACUAAAACAAUGAAGCUGGUGGUGGCCUAAGACUUUUGCACAGUACUGUAUAUCCGAGUGAGAUGGUUUCUCGAGCAAGAAAAAAUGUAGGGCAGGACUUGAUUUUGUCCAUCGGGAAUUGAUUGGAUCAUUGUGUUCUGCUAUUGAUGUGAUCUUAUCCGAGUGAAAGGUUCUGUCCUCACGCCAAAAAACAUCAUCAGAGAAGAGACUUUAAGUUACAAGAAGUGCAACCUUUAAAAAUGCUUCCCGCUCUUUUACUCUUAUAGUUUUUAAAAGUAGUGUGUUAUUUUACUACUUAAACAUGAGCUAGAUGGACAGAUUCCUAAACGCGCUUCAGGACUCACUUGGUGCUUCACAGCUUUCGUUAGCAUAUUUCAAUGUAUGUUGUCAUAAAUACACACACAAUGACAUAUAAACAUAUAAAGACAUUUAUCCACUGAAGUAUAUAUGUAUUAGAGGGUUAAUAUAACAUAUAAACAUUAUUAAAAACCUAAAUGUGACAGUUAUUGUUUGACCUGAAAGAUAGCUUUGGAAAAAAUAAAUGAAUGAUUUAAUAAUUUGGAUCACAGAACGCACACCUGUCUGUUGCCAUGCACUAUGAAUGUGUGUGUCUGUACCCACAUCUUUCAUUUAAAAUCUAAAGCAAACACACAAAGAGCAGGCGGAGACUGCAUCUGCUGACGUACAGCCAGUGGCUGUGAGUGAGUCCGUUUGCUCCGAGCCUCUGAAUCACAGAGCAUCUCUUCGGGAGCAUCUCCAACAAACAAGCAGCAGAGGAUUUUCAAAGACAUCUGGAGAACUGCAACAUCUGAUUCUUCAACUACAUCUGCAGCUCUCAGCUUCUUUUAUUACUGUUCAUCCCAUCAUCUGAAUCUGUUUUAUUACUCUUUAUUAGCCUAUUCUUUUAUUGCUUUCAUUUUUUGUUUCCUAUCUAAUUUCUAUCUCUCACCUGUUGUCUGUUCUUCCCCAUCUCUUUAUCUUCACAAAUCCUGAUGAACAACUCGUACCUGCAAUUUCUUAAAGGACAGAAACCUGCAAACAGCACGUCUUUGCCUCCUAAUGGCAGUAUUGUGGAUCCUCCAGCAGGGGCGCUGUGCGAGCAGGUCCAGAUCCAGGCAGAGGUUUUUCUCACCUUGGGUAUUGUGAGUCUCCUGGAGAACAUCCUCGUCAUCUCGGCUGUGGUCAAAAACAAAAACCUUCACUCUCCAAUGUAUUUUUUCCUGUGCAGCCUGGCUGCUGCGGACAUGUUGGUAAGUGUAUCGAACUCUCUGGAGACCAUUGUUAUUGCGGUACUAAACAGUCGCAUUUUGGUGGCCAGUGAUUAUUUUGUACGUUUGAUGGACAAUGUGUUUGACUCAAUGAUCUGCAUUUCUCUUGUGGCGUCCAUCUGCAACCUUCUGGCCAUUGCCGUCGACCGGUACGUCACGAUUUUCUACGCCUUACGCUACCACAGCAUAGUGACUGUACGUAGAGCGCUGGUCGCAAUCGCUGCGAUCUGGCUGGUGUGUGUGGUUUGUGGGAUCGUCUUUAUAGUGUACUCGGAGAGCAAGACCGUGAUCGUGUGUCUAAUCACAAUGUUCUUUGCCAUGCUGGUUCUCAUGGCAACUCUCUACGUACACAUGUUUCUUCUCGCCAGACUUCAUGUCCAGAGAAUCGCAGCAUUACCCCCAGCAGCAGCUGCUGCUGGCAACCCAGCCCCACGUCAACACAGCUGCAUGAAGGGAGCCGUGACCAUCUCCAUCCUCCUUGGAGUGUUUGUGUGUUGCUGGGCGCCCUUUUUCCUCCACCUCAUUCUGCUGGUGUCGUGUCCGUACCAUCCGCUCUGCCUCUGCUACAUGUCCCACUUCACCACGUACCUGGUCCUCAUUAUGUGCAACUCUGUGAUUGACCCCCUCAUCUACGCCUGCCGCAGCCUGGAAAUGAGGAAGACCUUUAAGGAGAUACUCUGCUGUUUUGGCUGCCAACCUUCACUUUAGACAUUAGUACAGAAUGUCUGAUUUGAAACAAAUCUGGAUAUGUAAAGAAAUUGUUUACCUUGAUGUAAGAUGCCAAAGCUUGGUGGUCAUAAUAAUGUUGCACAUCCUGACAUAAGGGUAAGAAAGGAAAGCUUUAAAACGGGAAAGCUCAAGUGCUGUAAGAAAAUCAGUGAACUGGAGGGUAAAUUGAAUGUGACCUAUUGCUUGCUGAAAAGGGAAGAUCAAUUAUUUGUUACACACUCUUAGAAAAGGUUCUAUAUAGAAUCUUAAAGGGUUCUGUCGGGUGCUUCAUAUAUAGGGGUUCCCAUCAUGGAAUCAUUUUAUGGAUUUAGUUUUAAUUAAUUUUGUUAUAAUUAAUUUUUAAUUUUAAAGAAAUUUUAUUAAUUAAACAGGUAUACAUACUAUAUAUAGUAUAUACAAAAUUACGGUAUGAAUAAAUAUUUGAAACUCUACAUUAUUUCUAGGUGACAAAUUAAUGACAAAUCUUUGUACAGAAGGUUAGAUGUUCUUUCAUUGAAGCCAAGGCAUUUUCAUGGCAAUACAUAAAUAUUUUACGUUUUGGCAAAUUGGUGUAUGAUCUGCUUAUUUUUUCUUAAAAAUCAUAUGUUUUGUACAAAUCAAAUUGUCAAGAAUUUGCCAAAAUAUAAAAUAGUUAUGUGUUCUCAUGGGAACGGGUUGUUGAAGCACAAGAUGCUAUUUGGAUCAUCCCAAUUUAUGCAGGAUCACAUGAUUUGUUUUAAACAAAUUUGUGGCGUUCAUGCAGCUUGAGUGCAAAAGGAGGACAAACCAAAUAAUAAGAAUUAUAAUAAAGAAGAAUAACAUUUUUACUAGUGGUAUCACAUUUUCAGACCCCAUGGUACAGUAUUUUUAAAAUGUGUAAAUAGUAUAUUUUAGGUAUCUGUGACAGUGUUCGGACCAUUCUGUCUGAUAAUGGUGUGUAAAUGCUUGUGUUCAACGUUACUGAAGUGAAAUCUUAAGUGAAAACAGUCCUGUGGUGAAACUUGCUUUUUGGAAAGUUAGGGCACUUCCUACACAUAUGAGUGCAUCAAUUUUUGAGGUUUCUCUAACUUUGUUGCUUUGACUGCAAUAUGCAGUCUAACUCAGCCCAACUGCUCCAGUCCGCUUAUGUGGAUCAUUUAGCUGUCAAAGUCUCAAAUUUCUCUGUUUUUGCCUUUCAGCGGUGGAAUGUAACUGGGGAAUGACCAAUAUCCAACUAAGCAUGUCAGUUUCAACACCAAAUAUCCCUCAUUUUUGGUGUUUUUGCCUUUUAUUCUGAUGUGGAAGCGAGAGAGUAUCAGAAAGGCAGGAUUUAAACUCAGGUUGCCCAAAGCACAACCACACUGUGUGACAGAGUGCUGCCCACAAGGCUCUGACCAAAUAUCCCAAAUUAAUCCACUGAACAGCAUUAUAGUUUAGCUUUUUAUGGGUAUGAAGUGGUUUAAGUUUGGUAUUCUGCUUAUUUAGCUGACCUUUUUGUAUUGAGUCUCAAUGCAAUGUUAUUUAGACUGUGCUUGCCACUCUAUUAACACUUUUAGUGCAUGAGCACUUGACUUGUAUCUGUGGCCACAAGCUUUAGCAAAUAUUUGCAUAAAGCAAAAUAAAAGAGUUUAGCAUAAUUAUAGUGUUCUCUGUUCAUUCAUGUGGGAAACCUGAAGCCAUGAUUUACAGUUUGUGUCUUAGUGUGUGUGUGUGGGUGGUUCAGAUAUACCCUACGUUAAGGGGACAAAAUGUCCCCACAACGAUGGCAAUAUCCAAAAUCCUUGUGCUGGGGAAAUUUUUGGUCCUCACAAGGAAAAAAAGUUAUAAAUUAUACAAAGUGAUGUUUUUUUGAAAAUC